GGAGCGACGUCGGUGGUGUGCAGAUGUCGACAGAAGGGAACACAGAAGCCGUACGCAGUGAAAACACUGAAGAAAACAGUAAGUUCUCACUGGAUGUUCAUCAUGGUCUUAGUGUAAUUUUUUACCCAGAGAGUACAACAGGCUAAUUUUUCUUCCUUAACCCAGUUCUAUUUUGUUCCUGCAGGUGGAUAAGAAGAUAGUUAGGACAGAGAUAGGUGUUCUACUUCGACUCUCUCACCCUAACAUUGUGAGGGUUCUACACACUUUUGUGCUGUCUUUGCCUAGAAUUAACGAUUGUUAUUAUGUUUUUUAUUGAUACUGAAUUUAUGUUGUUUUGUUUUAUUUAUUUCAGAUCAAACUAAAAGAGAUCUUUGAGACCCCAUCAGAGAUCAGUCUGGUCUUGGAGCUUGUGACUGGAGGAGAGCUAUUUGAUAGGUUAGUUAACUGCCCUAAUGGUCACACGCACACGCACACUCACACACUCUGUGCCAUUCCUCUGUUACAACAAUCACAACAUGUUUUUCUCUCAGGGUUGUGGAGAAGGGCUUCUACACUGAGCGGGAUGCUGCUGAUGCUGUCAUACAAGUAUUAGAAGCUGUUGCAGUAAGCUGACUUCCUUUCUCUGACACCUGUCAGAAAGUAGGCUAAAAAAUGUCUAGCAAACUCUGACAUACUGUAAUGCUUUUGACCUGCAUAGCUGGGAGGCACCAUCACACAUUCACACCGCCUGCCCCUUAUCUAUACAUUGUAAAGAACAAAAUGUGUCUGUCUCUCACUGAGCUAUCUUUGAAAUGUCAUCAACAUGGACCAAGGCAUAUGUCUUCUUCCUCAUGUUAGGAGUCCUGUUAGUGUCUUCCAUGAUCCUCUGUUAGAUUGCUGUUGCUAAGGAGAUGAAAUAGUAAAACCGGGAUUUUUUUAACACAUAGAUCCUUUUCCAGUACACGACAUACUGACGUCACACACACAUGCGCCCAUGGUAAGAAAACCAUCGCCAACUGCAACAUAGCCUAGAUUUAUGUUUUUAUUACUUCUAAACAAAAUACUUUUUGGGGGUUCUCAUAGGCUUACAGUUAGGUUUUGAUUCUUGCUUGAACAGUCGCUAAGAUUAUAUUUGGUUGUGGUCUUUGCAAAAUAAAUAUUUUGGAUUCAGCAGUUGUUAGCUAGAAUGCUGAAGCUCAUUGAUGUAGCAAAAGCUAGCCAAAGAGCCAUUUUACUGGUUGAAGUUGAAGUGUUUUUUUAAAGUAUAAUGCAGUUGAUUUGCGAUGAUGACAUGAACAUUAUAUUAAGUAGGACAUUCAGACGAGCCUUAACAUCCUAUUAUAAUCCAAAAGUAGUGUGAAAUGCACUCAUAAGCAACAUGUAAAUAGAGGAUUGUUUUUGCUGGCGUUCUAUAAGAACUCCCCCUUGUUCUGCCACCAUCUUGUGCACAUCGCCCUCGUGCGGCAGUGUUUGCAAACACAGAGGGGUCUAUUUAAAUCAGCUCAGGGCUUGGUGGUGUAGUCAGUCUGAAACAGCUGCUGUUUUCCCAACGGGUUUACUGAGGAGAGAAAAACGGGAUUUCUGAAGCCUCCAGGUCUUUUUGAAGUUUCCUUAUGUUGUUGAGCAAGCGUCGAGGAAGACUUUGUUCCGUGUUGAUUGGGAGUGAUUUAUUUACAGUAUACACGGCCACUUCGGAAACGGCAGAGAGGUUCUGCGGUCUGUCUGUUACAUGAUCAAAGCCAUCUGGAUAUCUAGCUAACGUCCCAGUGGAGCAUCUUGGUAGCCUCAUGUCCCGCCAAUCUCACUGGCACGUCUACACUUAAGUCCCCACUCUGUUUGUGACAGAUUUGAGUCCUUUAUUAUAGGCACCUCAUUUGGUGUUAUCUUAUCAUCACAAUGUGUUGAUUAUUUUGGACAUGGAGAAUCUGGAACCACGUUUUAGAUCCGUUGUUAAGUUCUUUACUGUCAAAAGACGGUAUUAGGCUAGCUAAUGUUCUUGAUGUUGAGACUUACCAUUGAGAGCUAAUAUUUUCCUCAUUGGCCAAAUACAUUGGCUAGCCCACCUCUCAGGUACUUUACUUUCUCUAUCAGAAGAGAUCCACUGUCAAUGAGAACACAGAGCUGUGUCGUUGGCCUAUUGGCCAGAAUAGCUUAUUUUGAGUGGUGCUAUGGCAGCCGUGGGAGACCUGAGAUAUCUGUGGUGGUGUGUGCGUGUGCGUCCCACCUUCUCUUCAUCCCUUCAUCCCACCAUCCCACACUCUACUUGUCGAGAGGACACCUUAUCUGUGUCAGCUCCAUCGAGCUUUGUGCAGGAGAGGAGAAUUCCCCUCUGACAUCAGAGCCAUUACACCGAGGGGUUGUCACAAUACAUAGUGUGGGGAGAAAAUUAUGCCUUCAUUCACUGUGAACGAGAUCUAUUCAACCUAGCCAUUCCCAAUUAGAAAAGAUGACUGUUUUUGUUGCAUAAUAAGGGUAGCUCAUUCGGUACUAACCUUGAUGCUUAGAAUUUUCAUGCCAGUGGAAUAUAAUGUGGUUCUUUAACAGCUUAAUGUUACAUAAGAAACUAGGGAUUUGCAUAACCACCAACCCACCCACAGUGUGCAGAAGAUAAGUUAUACAAGAAGGUUGCUUUACAAACAAAUAUCAUUAUCAAGACAGUGAGCCAUAGAGUAGGUCUAUACUCUAUACCUUAUCCAUGACACCACAAAGUCUUUGAACGUAUUGCUUUCCCUCACUUGAAUCCCACCUCGUCUUUUCAAUGGCCAGCUUAUCAAGGUAGCUGCCUUGUGCUGCUGUUUUCUGUAACUGGGCAGACUUGUAUGGCUCACAUUGCCUUGUUUGAUGAGUUACCGUGUUAACACGGGUGAAAGUACUCACUGAACCCAAGAAUAGUUUAAAACAUACUUUAAAUCAUGUUUACGUCCAGUACACAGUAUCAUAGCACAGUGUACAGGUAGCUGCCAAAAUAAAGGAAACACUAACAUAAGGUGUCUUAAUAGGGUGUUGAGCAGCCAGAACAGCUUCAAUGCACCUUGGCAUAUGUUCUACAAGUCUCUGGAACUCUAUUGGAGGGAUGCGACUCCAUUCUUCCGGCAAAACAAAUUGUUGAUGGUGGUGGAAAACGCUUACUCAGGUGUCGCUCCAAAAGUGUUCAAUUGGGUUGACAUCUGGUGACUGAUACACACAUACACACACAUACACACACACACACACACACACACACACACAGUGUAAUACACAGUUCAGAAUAGACAACGAUAAGAUAGAGGUUGUGAAAGAUAGUUCAACUUUGUAUUUUGUUUACCCAUAGAGCAUUUUCAACAGUGCACUAUAAAGCAGGAAUGUUAUGGUUCUGUGUAGAAAAUGAAUUGUGGGAGCGGGCGCCGAUUCAUUCGGCGGUGCUGAAUCCCAAAAUCCCCAAACAGUCCAGCCCCAUACCCCAGCAGACAGAUCAAUAGCACACAACGUGUGUAGGAGUCAGACAGCCACCUGGGUGCUAUGGUGUUGUCUUGUGUCUUUGUAUUUGUCCAGUACCUGCAUGAGAACGGCGUGGUGCAUCGAGACCUGAAACCUGAGAACCUCCUGUACGCCACCGCAGCACCAGACGCUCCCCUCAAAAUAGGUUGGUGGGGUUACUCAAUACCCUGUGGGAUUCACUACCAUUAUCCCAAACAACAUCCAUUGACUCUGUUGUGCUAUCAGAGACAGAGCUGACUUGAUCAGACAUAAUUGGGGAAUCAAUGCCAACGAUUAUAUUCUAUUAUUGGAAUGAUCUAUUUUCUAUUGUAUUCUAUUCUACCGGUAUUUUAUUCUACUAUUUUAUUCUAAUACCAGAUAUGAGGACUUCCAGAAAGAGGCAUAAUCUUUAAUAUAUCUCUGUCUCUGUCUUUCAUUUUGCAGCUGAUUUUGGUCUGUCGAAGAUCAUCGAUGAUCAGGUCACAAUGAAGACUGUUUGUGGUACACCAGGAUACUGUGGUGAGCUAUAACCCAUUACUGUGAUGAUUUUUCAUUCACUUGGAACAUAAUAUUUGCUAGCUGCUAGACUAGAGAUUGCCAUUUCAGACCUAGCAGAUUUUUGUUGUUUUGGUUGCAUGCUUAACUUGCAAAGACUUGAGCAGAGACAGUUACCAUGAGGACAGGGUGUAUGUUGUAAUAUUUAUCCACAUUCUACAUAGUACAUCCUUGGAUAAAUCGUUACUGAGUAAGAAUUCCCUACUGUGUUUUAACCUCUGUCUCUCUCCUUCCCCGUUAUGCUGCCCCUCCCUCCCUCCCUCCCUCCCUCCCUCCCUCCCUCCCUCCCUCCCCGCCUGCCCUCCCUCCCUCCCUCACUCCCUCCCUCCCCACCCGCCCUCCCUCCCCGCCCUCCUCGACCUCCCUCCCUCCCUCCCUCCCCACCCUCCCUCCCGCCCUCCCUCCCCGCCCUCCCCACUCUCCCUCCCUCCCUCCCUCCAUCUUGCUCUUCUCUUUUUCAUCUCUCCCCUAUCUAUCCUUCCUCCCCUCUCUCCAGCCCCAGAGAUUCUGCGAGGAAGUGCUUAUGGACCUGAGGUUGACGUGUGGUCGGUGGGAGUUAUCACGUAUAUCUUGUAAGUGACACCAGACACUCAAAAGUUGGUUUCUGAAUCAAGGGUGUUGGUGCAUUCCUGUUGUAUAGCUUCUGAGUGAUUUUGUUUCUUUCACAUACUGAUUGGUAUACAUAGUAUGUGGGUGUGAGUUCCCCAUUAUACAGCAAGCCAGGUAAUGGUAGUGCAACUGCUAGCAACAGCAUUCAGAAGAAUCGCUGGUAUACAGACUCACUACCAGUUAAUGAAUAUUAAACUGUACAAAUAACAUAUUUUGAAGGCACAUCAAUCUGGGAGAAUAAGAGAGUGUGUGACUAGCAAACCUUAGUGCGAGGAGGAUUGCACCUCUAAUAGAGUUGUAGGUUAGGCCCCUGUGGCUAUCAGAUCCUGUCAGACUGUAGCCAGCUAUUGAAUCAAUAGACCGGAACUGUCUGUGGUUGAUGUAUGCCUCGUAUUUCAUCCUCUCUCAAAGGCUAUGUGGCUUUGAACCGUUCUUCGAUGACAGAGGGGACCAGUACAUGUUCAAGAGGAUCCUCAACUGUGAAUAUGAGUUUGUCUCCCCCUGGUGGGACAAUGUGUCCCUCAAUGCCAAGGACCUGGUGAGUUUUAUUUACAUUUUAGCAGACGAUCUUAUCCAGAGCGACUUAGUGAGUGCAUAUAUUUUUUAUUUAUUUUUUUCAUACUGGUCCCCCGUGGGAAACGAACCCACAACCCUGGCGUUGCAAACGCCAUGCUCUACCAACUGAGCUACACGGGACUACACGAUAUUUACUGUUACCAUGGGUGUAUUCAUUACGCCAAUUCUGUCGCAAAACAUUUUGUCUGUUGCAAAAUGUUUUUCAUUGAAAACUAGAGUUUCUAUUGGACAAAUUCAGGUAGGUCCCAUCCCGUUUUGUUCUGUUUGCUUCCGUUUGGUUCUGUUUGGUUCCUAGUUAAGACACCCCUGGGGUCCCGAGGUUACCACAGUCACGCUGGCUGACAUUUCCCCCUGGUACUUACGCGUAAUUAAUAAAUCAGUAAUUGGUGGAGAAUGAAAACCUACUUCCCCUAACCAGCAUGAGGGUUCCCUUCUCGUCCUGUACACUACUGGCUUGGCUUCUGAAAGAACAUACUGUACUGUACUUCUGUAAUGCCCUGCAAACUUCUAGGCCUGCGCUUUAGCAUCCGAUUGGUUAGACAAUUGGUUAGACAUAUGGUUGCUGGCUGCAUUGUAGAAGAGAGGAAGAGGCAAAGUGAGAGGGAGAACUGGGCCCAAAAUCUGUCUUCUCCAGCAAGUGGUGCUUUCUCAAUUUUUUGGCUCACCAGGCAAGGAGUUUUGUAUGGUGGUCAAUGAUAGUGUCGAAUUUGGUCACCCCCCCAGAAAAAAGGGUUAUUUGCUAUGUGUGGCUUAUUUGAUCGAAUAGAAGUUUCGUAAUGCUUAGGUUGUUAUGAGUGUACUGAUAUAAAUAUUGCACGUGACAUCCCAGCAACUUUGGAAAAAAAAAACGUUAUAUCAGAGUUGUGCCAUUGACUAGAAUGGUCCCACCUGAUCUUGCCUCCUCCUGAUUGCCUUCCAUUUUUUAAGACAUUUAUUUUAAUUGUUAGAGCGGUCAAUAUAUUGGAUCAUCUGUGAUUGUAGCAUUGGGUCAGGUGAAAUGUUUCCCAGGUGAAUGGUCAGUGUGAGUGUGUCCAUAUAGGUGUGUCUGAUUAUCAAAUAAUAUAAAAAAGGAGGGUAACUAGAAAUCCAGGGCAAACAGGCUACAUCCAUCUCUUACUGUUCAUUCUGAAUUUUAUCUCCAAAUUAUGAACUGGGCUGACUUGUUAUGUGGACAGAAACCUGCAGAAACAGCAUCCAAGAAAAUGAUGAAUUCAGUCUCAGUGACCCAGUUACUAACCAUAUAUACGUGCUGCUGUCCUGUAGGUGAGAAAGCUGAUUGUCCAGGAUCCAAAGAAGCGGCUGACGACCUUGCAAGCGCUGCAGCACCCCUGGGUGACUGGGAAGGCAGUUAACUCAGCCCAUAUGGACACUGCUCAGAAGAAACUGCAGGAGUUCAAUGCACGCCGAAAACUCAAGGUAGGUACAAAACAACGUUUCUCAAUAGGAUUUUGUACCGUAGUUGAGGGCAAGUAGUACCAUGUCUAAUUUAUUGAUGUCAGGACAUUUUAAACUCAUGAUUGUGUAGUUGUGUCAAGAUCCUUUGAAUGUAUUUGGAAGGCAAGCAUAGACAAACAUAUAUGAUUGCUAUAAUACCUUGAUUUAUCAGCAUAGUCACAUUGGGCCUACACAUGAAUCCUAAACUGUGUCAAUUAAUGAUAUACUGUGUACUGUGUGUUUGUUGACAGGCUGCCGUAAAGGCCGUGGUGGCUUCAUCACGAUUGGGCAGCGCUAGCAGUCACGGCAACGCUGACAACAGCAAGAACAGCAACUGCAACAACUCCGCCAAUCAAAAAGAGGCACAAGAGGAGCAGCCACGGAACGACCAGUCACAGAUCCAGGAGGGAUCC